AUGAUUCUUAAAACUAAUGCAGAUUCACCGCGAGGAUAUUUCUUAAAUAUUAAGGCGCAUUUUCCGAAAAAUACUCACGAUUAUCUCAACGAUUUACCUCCAGCCGUUGAGAAUAUUGCGGUGAAGCGUGAUUGGCUCUGUCCUCAUAAUAGCAAAUUGGUAGAAAAAUUAGAUGGAGGACGAUUUUCGGAAACAAAAAAGUUAGUCCCUCAUCAUGGUAAGCGGGAAGAUUAUGUAAUCCAUUAUCAAGAAUUACAAUACUACGUAAAAUUGGGAAUGGUUGUGGAUGAAGUCACAGAAAUAUUAUC